AUGUCUGUUCAAGAUAAUCAGAAUUUGUGGGAUGAUGAAGAUGUAGUUGACUUAGUUACGCCAAAAUGUGACAGUAAACUAAUUCCGGUUGUUGGACAAUUAUUCCCAACGUUGGAAGAGGCCGUCGAGUUCUACGACGACUAUGCUGAUGCUUGUGGGUUUGAGACACGUUUGGGUACAAUAAAAAGAUGCAGACGUACAGGUACAAUAAUUCAUAGAUACGUUUUAUGCAAUCGGGAGGGCUUGAAACCCAAGAAACAGAGUGCAGCUAACGGUUCAUCGAAGAAGGAAAGGCAGACAGUUUCUAUAAGGGUUGAUUGCAUGGCACGUAUUGUGUUCCGACUAGUUGCUGGUCGUGGAUAUAAGGUACUCACUUUUAAUGAGGAUCACACUCAUAAUAUGGUACCCGAAGGUCAACGUCAUCUAUUGAAUUCUAAUCGGAAUGUGAGCUACGUGCACCAGAUGUUGAUACUCACUGGUAUGAAAGCGAACAUUGGGCCUACGAGGACAUUUAGAUUCUUCAAGGAACUUGUUGGUACUUAUGAUAAAGUCGGUUGUACAGUCAAAGACUUCAAGAACUAUGGGCGUGAUCUAAGGUCUUUUGCUGAUGGUGUGGAUGCACGUAUAUUGUUGGACAAUUUCAAGAAUAAACAAGAGAGUUGCCCCGGAUUCAAGUAUUCAUUUGACACAUUUGAGGAUAAAACGCUGAAGAGAUUAUUUUGGGCAGAUGAAUGCUCAAUUAAGAAUUUCAAACUCUUUGGCGAUGCGGUCUCGUUUGAUGCUACAUAUAGAACAAACAGGUACAAGUUGAUUUUUACACCAUUCACUGGCAAAGACAACCAUGGCAGAUGUGUCACAUUUGGUGCCGCACUUAUUGCUAACGAGGAUGUGGAAUCUUAUUCGUGGGUUUUCAAUAAGUUUCGCGAGUGCAUGGGUUCUGAGCCUAAUGUACUUACAACAGAUCAGGAUCCAGCUAUGAGGAAGGCCGUUCAGAACGUGUUACCUAAUACGUCUCAUAGACUUUGCAUGUGGCAUAUAUUGAUGAAGGUUGCUGAGAAGUUACCGGGGCAGUUGAAGAAAGACACAGAGCUGAAAAAUAAAUUAAAUGAGGUGGUUUGGUCUGACUAUGUUGAGAUAUCUGUUUUCGAGGAGAAUUGGCAUCGCCUUAUGGAUGAGUACGGUCUUGGGGAAAUUAGAUGGUUCUCCGACAUGUUUGCCAUACGAGCCAACUGGGUUCCCGCAUAUUUUCGAGAAAUUAAGAUGAGUGGCCUAUUUAGGACAACCUCAAUGUCAGAGAGUGAAAACAGCUUCUUUAGGCGGCAUUUCAAUUCAAAUGCAGAUUUGGUUCAAUUCUACAUGCAUUAUGUUAGUGCUAUGGACGCACAACGCAGUACUUAUGACACCAUAACCUUGGCAGAUGAAACAGGUGCUCUUGAUAUGUGUACUGAACUCCCUAUGGAACGUCAUGCAUCUACCGUGUACACCAAUAAAAUAUUCAAGGAUGAAGUUCAAGUUGAGAUUGUUUCUGCUGCAGCCACAUGCUUGAUGUCCAAGAUGUAUACUGAUGGUAGUAUGGACUUCUAUGAUGUUGAUGAUACCGUUGAGGGCACGUUCAAGGUGUCUUAUAGAUCGAAUGACGAUUAUUUCUCAUGCUCAUGCAACCUGUUCAUCAGGAAGGGACUUUUGUGCAGGCACAUUUUUUAUGUCAUGCGCAACCUAAAAAUGAAGCGGAUUCCAAGCAAAUACAUAUCCACGAGAUGGUCAAAGCUAUCUAGAGUUGGCGAUUCCUCUCGACAACACGUCAAAGAUGUUAGCAGCAUUGGGAGAGAGGUUAGUGGAAACCAACAAUUCUUCCUCGAGCUUUGUAAAUCUAUUGGCCAUGUUAGAGGAGAUGAUGAGCUAAAAGAGCAACUGUUCAAGGAUCUGGAGGCUAUUACUGAAAAAUACUCAAAAUUGGGCUUACCGAUUGAUUCAACAUCCAAACAACUUUUGUUUGAAGAGUACUAUGGUUCGGCUGCACCAGAUGAAGUUGAUGUUCUACCACCGAAUAUAGUGCAUACCAAAGGGAGUGGAUGUGGGGGUAGACGGAAGUCGUUGGCGGAAAAGUUAGCUCAACAAGCUUUGAAGCCGAAAAGAAAGUGCAGGAAAUGCAAUAGAUUGGUUAACCAUGAUUCGAGGAACUGUCCUGGGUAG